AUGCUUCCUCCUCUCCGGCGAUAUGUCCUGUUUACCUUCCUUGCCAUUUCCUUCUUUGUCAUUGCACUCAACACUUUCACUGAACCACUUGGACCUUAUCGAAAUCAUUGGCACCGUCCACGAACGAGACCGAGACCCGUCGAUCGCAUCAUACAUCCUGCAUUCUUCCAGAAGAGAUUCCGAUGGAGGAACGUGCAGCAAAAGCACCCCGUAGACAGCUUCACUGCUCCACCUACUGGAAGAUCCGUCUCGAUACCAAAGAUACAGCAUGCAUUCGGGUCAGAGGACUCGAAACACGCGGUAGAACGCAAAAGGAGACUGCGGGCAGUCGAAGAGGUGUUCAAACAUUCUUGGGAGGGAUACAAGAAGAAUGCGUGGUUACAGGAUGAGGUUUCUCCGCUCACAGGCAUGUCGAGGAAUCCUUUCGCGGGAUGGGCUGCAACGCUGGUGGAUUCCCUGGACACGCUUUGGAUCAUGGGCCUUAAGAAGGACUUCGACGCUGCGGUCAAGGCCCUCAAGAAAAUAGAUUUCACGAGCACGAGGCAGAGCGAACUCAAUGUCUUCGAGACCACGAUCAGAUAUAUGGGAGGCUUGCUUAGCGCAUACGAUCUCAGUGGACAUCGAUAUAGAACUCUGCUGGAAAAGGCGACUGAGUUAGGCGACAUGCUACAUCAUGCGUUCGACACACCAAACCGGAUGCCUAUCACGCGUUGGGACUGGCAAGACGCGGCACUAGGAGUCGAGCAGGAAGCGAAAAGGCAAUCAUUAGUUGCGGAAGUUGGCUCUUUAACCCUGGAGUUCACACGCUUGUCACAACUGACUGGAGAUCCAAAAUACUACGACGCAGUUGCGAGAGUAAUGAACCUGUUUGAAGAGCAGCAAAACCAGACCAAACUGCCUGGCCUCUGGCCGACGUUCAUCGAUCCCCAAAAGGGUGACUUUACCAAAGACACCGGCUUUACCAUGGGCGGAAUGGCGGACAGUCUUUACGAAUACCUUCCAAAACAACACAUCCUCCUCGGUGGCCAGAACCCUCAAUACGAAAACAUGUUCCUCACAGCCCUUCCCGCCGCAAAGAAACACCUCUUCUUUCACCCCAUGAAUCCUAGUAACGAGAAGAUGCUCAUUUCUGGAACCGUCAAACGCUACUCCGCUACCAACGUCCAACUCAAUCCUCAAGCAGAGCACCUCAGCUGCUUCGCAGGAGGCAUGGUAGCCCUGGCGGCGAAAGUAUUCCGCCAGACUCACGACCUUGAAACCGCCCGCGACCUGGUCAAGGGUUGUAUCUGGCAAUACAACAGCAUGCCUUCUGGAAUUGGAGCGGAGAUCAGCUCUCUCAUGCCUUGUGAUGCCGAAUCUUGGGAGGAUUGCACCUGGAACGAGACUGAAUGGCAGCGAGCGGUCGUCGAAAAACAGAACCGCGGCUUCGUUCCCGACAGAUACGUAGAUGAAGCGCAAGCUCUCAUCAAAGUGAAGAAGCUCGCGCCGGGUUUUACCAAGAUCGAUGAUGCGAGGUACAUACUGCGCCCGGAGACGAUUGAGUCCAUGUUUGUUCUGUACCGAAUAACGGGCGAUGACAAGUAUCAGGACGAUGCGUGGGCCAUGUUCAAGAGCAUCAAGGUGGCGACCAAGACUACCAUUGCGCAUGCCGCGCUCAAAGACGUCACACAGCUGGAGACGGAAAGGGAAUUGCUGGAUAAUAUGGAGAGCUUUUGGACUGCUGGUGAGGAUCAUAGCUCCAGACGGCAGAGAGUACAACUGACCUCACCGACACAGAAACUCUGAAAUACUUCUACUUGAUAUUCAGCGAUCCAGAUGUUGUCAGUCUCGAUGACUAUGUCCUGUAAGUUCGACAUCUCAUCCGCACAAUUCUUCCAGAGCUGAUGAGAGAUGUAGCAACACCGAGGCACACCCUCUCUUGAGGCCGAAAUAA